CUGCUUGAGCGCUACUCCUCCGUCUUAGAGAGACCUCGGUGAAAUCCUCUCGAACACUGAGAAAUGUCUUAUCGCAAACGUCCACGAACAGGCCUCUCAGAUCUACAGGUGUUUGCGUGUUUCCUCCGGCGCACUCGGUAACGCAGUCAUGAUGCAUCACAGGAAGUACUCACCACCGCGAUACCUCGCCGUCGGCUCGCCGCUAGACCUGCCUCAGCUCAACCGAUUACCCACCUUUCGAGUGGAAGAAGCUGAGCCGAUGGAGAAGAAUUCACCCAAAGCCAAAUCCAGAAUGCGCAACGCCAAGGUGAAGGCGGUGAGGAGAGCUCCGUCUCCCCAGAGACCGCGCGUCUCUCCAAACCCCGCGCAAAGGGACGCGCUGCCCAAGGCGGCAGAGAACGGAGGACAGCGGUCUAGAAAGAGGGGCUUCAAACCCCCGGAUGUGAGAACGAUAUUCGAACCCUCGGCCAAAGACCCGCGCGUAAAAGAGGAGAAAGGAGAAGGACACAAGUUUUGUGAAGACGCGACGUACGCUUGGUGCGAUGUGUGCUGCUCGUAUAUCUUUCAAGGUGGCUUGACAUGCACAGGUUGUAAAUACACCUGUCAUGCUCAGUGCCGUGACCAGGUGGCGCUAGACUGUCAUCAGAACGGGUCCAUUAAUGGCUGCCAGCUCAGCCCUCUUGCUCAGGACCAUCUUAACAACAAUCAGUCGUCACACAGCGAUGUGGAGAAAGAGAAAGAGCUGCGCACUCAUCUCACUUACGAGGAGAUCAGACACAAGGUUGAGCAGUACAACACAGAGUCACGUGACCACUUUAAAAUGACACUGAAUACUAACGGCACGUACACAGGCUUCAUCAAGGUGCAGUUGGACCUGCGGAGGCCCAUUACAGUGAAAGGAGGCAGGCCAGGAGGGGUCAAAGGUCAGGAGGCGUUUUACCUUCCGCGCGGCUCCAUAAACACCCUGCACAUCAGCAGCACCAACACGGUGCGUCAGGUGAUCGAAGCCCUGCUGAGAAAGUUCACCGUGGCCGAUAACCCCGCCAAGUUCGCCUUGUUCAAACGCUUCAGCAGAGAAGACCAAGUGUACACCUGUAAGCUCUCAGAGGAAGAACACCCUCUCUUCCUGCGUCUGGUGGCGGGACCCAGUACAGAUGUGCUCAGCUUUGUCCUGAAGGAGCAGCAAACCGGUGAAGUCCUGUGGGACGCCUUUUCCAUCCCCGAGCUGCAGAACUUCCUCCGCUUCUUGGAUAAAGAGGAGCAGGACCAGAUCUGCUCGAUAACCAGACGCUACAGCGCCUACAGAGAGAAACUGGAGGAGGCCAUGAGAGCGACGGGUGGCCCGGGAUAAAGCCAGUGCGUUACGUGAAGGAACUGUAGCACUGCUGCCUCUAGUGCUCACUGUGUGAUAAACACUUAUUAGGUGUCACAGUGCCAAGUGGACACCCCUUCUCAGAAACUCAGAUGAGAGCACUGAGCUCCCAGAAUGCACCUCAGGUGCCAUAUUUACCCAUCCACCCUCUUUCACACUUUCAGUUGUUUCUCAUGUUCUCUGUUCUUUUACCUCUUGUGAACGAUGCAAAUGUGGAAAUCAGAUCUGGUUUUUAUUUAAUUGUUGGAUGCUGUGGUUUGUACAUAUUUCUGUUUGUUGUUUUAAUUUAUGUGGGUGAAUUUUAUUUUUAUUUUAUUUUUUACUAAAAGAGUCUUAUUCUAUGGCAAAUAUACUUAUCGACCAGAAACUGAUGGGUCUGGGGAUUUAUUUUAUUUUGUUUUAUAUUAAAUACCAGAUGACAUAAUGUGCCCUACCAAAGAUAGUGUUGAUGUGCUGUUGACAAAAUGAUGACCAAACAGACAGGAAGCGCAUGUUUGUGAAAGAGAGGAUUGAAUGUGGUGAUGUAGGGACAGGAAAUGAGGACUAAAGCAAAGUCAUAAUCAUUAGUCUCUGAAGGGAUGGCUUAAAUGCAAAUAAAAACCUUUUUAAAAGUAAGCAAUCUCAGGUGAUGUGCUGGAAUUGGAACUGAACGGAUUCAGGAAGUUGGCGAAGGAGCAUAGAGGAUGUUUGAAAGUAUGCGGGAAGUGUCAUGCAGCGGGUUCGGAGCAGAUCUGACUGAUGUUGGUCGGGGUCAGACGGUCUUUCACAGUAAAUGAUGGGUUGUGGUGACCUCUAGUUUAAGCAGAUAAUCAGUGAACGGUGCAUUUGCUGUUCGCCUCUCAUCAUCAACCCUGGAAAUGUCUUCAAGAUAAACGACUGAAUAUACAAGUAAUGAAGAUUGUUUGUUUUGAAGCUACAGCCUGAUAAUAGUAGAUUUAAGCUAGUUUGAUUGGUGAAUAUAUAUGUGUAAUCACACUGAUCUGAUUUACUUUACCAAAAGUUAAUUUCAUGUGCUUUUCUUCAUUGCGUGGCGAUGUAGCUGAAACUGUUACUGUUGUGAGGUACAGUAAAAGAAAAGCAGCCAGUGCUACUUGGUCUCAGCACACAAGGUCGACAUUUAUGACGGUGUUUGGAAUGAUACUUGUGUAUCAGUUGGUGAUUUAAAUAUGUAUACACAUUUAUGUUUCUGUAUGCUAGUGCUGCAUGACGGUUUUUCUGAUUGGUACUGCAACAUUGUUGUCUUUUGUGACGCACAGGUAGCGGCAUCUUGUGGUCAACUGCUGUAACUACAUCUCUGCAGUUUUAUGUCUCACCUGUGUCAGUUCAAUUGAUUAUUUUACACACAGAUUGUGUGCUUUUUAAAGAUUUGUUUCUUUAUUAUUAUCGGUUUUAUAACCUCUAACCAAAGAUCUAGAUAAAACGCAUAAUUUAAUUUAAGUUUGAUGAAAAUUGCCUGGUGCAAUCAGUUUAACACCUCAAUAAACUGAGGUUAAAUAGUAGUAUCUAUCUUGUCUGAUGGUUUUACCAGGGCAACUUUAAUUGUAAACACUGGGGUGAAUAUAAA